AUGGAGCACCUCUGGGGGCUCUUCCUUGGGGUGGGAGGCAUCUUAGCUACUGCUUUUGGCUUGCUGCUCUCUUGGGCAGUUUAUUAUGACUUCUCCAGGAGCCACAUUCCCCCUGAAUUUCAGCAUCCAUGGAAGCUUCGGCUGUUUCACUGGGGCAUCAUUAUGACAAUGACGGUGGGGGAGAUCUGUGAACAUCUGGGCCUUUGCAGUCAGGUUCUGGUUGUCCGUUUUUUCCUACAACUCAAGAGCACAAGGUUGGAUCCCAGCCUCUUCUCGAAAGAUCUACAUUUCGAUGGGGUGCCUGUUCGGGUUUACUACCCUAAAGCACCAUCUGCUGGCCUCAGGAGAGGAUUUGUCUUCUACCAUGGAGGAGCUGGCCUGGCUGGAAGCAUUGAUUUCUAUCAAGAUGUUUCCAACAAAAUUGCCAAGGAUGGUGAUUUAGUGCUCGUGUCUGUUGGCUAUCACCUCUCUCCUGAGUAUACUUAUCCCACCCAGUACCAAGAAUGCCUCACUGCAACGGUGCACUUCCUGCAAAACGCAAAAGCCUACGGGGUGGAUCCUUCACAGAUUGUCAUCGGUGGGGACAGCUGUGGAGGCAGUUUUGCUACUGUUGUCGCUCAGAAGCUUGUGGGGAGACCUGACCUCCCUAAGCUCCGGGCUCAGGUGCUGCUCUAUCCCGCCUGUCAGGCUAUGGACUUAAACUUGCCUUCCUAUCAGCAGAACUCAACUAUUCCUCUCUUGUACCGACACAGCGUUGCCUAUUUGGGAUUGAAGUAUAUCCGGAAGGGCACUUCGCUGUGUGAUGACGUCUUGAAAGGCUCCCAUGUGCCCGAUGAGAUGAGGCUGAAAUAUGGGAAGUGGGUCAGUGCGGACAAUAUUCCGGAAAGGUUUAAGCUGCGUGGCUACCAACAAGUACCCCUCGCCCCUUAUAAGCCUGAAGUGUACCAGCAGCUUACAGAGUUAUUGGAAGUCACAUUUUCCUCACUUUUCGCUGAAGACUCUGUGAUCCGGAAGCUGCCAGAGACAUUAAUUGUGAGCUGCGAAUACGACGUCUUGCGGGACGACUCCCUCCUGUACAAGAAGCGUCUGGAGGACAACGGUGUGCGACUCAGUUGGUUCCACGCCGAAAAUGGUUUUCACGGAGUGCUGAACACUUGUGAUGCUGGCCUGUUAACAUUCCCCACUGCAAUAGAAAUACUGGACAAAGUUGUAGACUUUGUCAAAAGUUUGUGA